GGACUCAAUGUGGAGACAAUACCGACAACCAGCCGAGCGCUUUUCCCACGUUUUCUCUCCGGAGCGACGCGUUUGGAUUAAACUCGAGCUCAUCUUCGAUCCCCGAUCAGGAAACAACCAGCGCGAGCUCAUGUUCGAUCCCCGAUCAGGAAACAACCAGCGCGAGCUUUAUUCUUUAUUCUGGAGCUUCUUCUUCCUCCGCAGCUUGGGGCGGACGGAAUCUCUGCUUACCCGGCUUUGACUCCUCUUCCCCGGAUAGAACAACGAGCUGUGGGCCGAAGCAGACAGGAAGCCACCUUGUGAGGACACCAUGUGUCCCCCCCGCGGCCUCCGGCUGCUGCCCUCCUGCAUCCUGCUGGUUCUGCUGGUUCUGCUGGUCCAGUUUCCUCAGACUGGGUCCAGACCGGCCACAGAGGACACGGACACAGCCGACGCGGUGAAGUCCUCUGAAGACGAAGAGGACGACGAGUCUUCCUCGGAGGAAAAUAAACUGUCCAACGAGCUGUCGACGAGCAACGAGAAGCUCCAAACGGCGGCACCGCCGCAGUGGGUGAUGCCGGAGAAGAUGGAGAAGCAGCUCCACGCCGUUCCCGCCAGCAGGACCGUGAGGUUUCGCUGCCAGGCGACAGGAAACCCCGUUCCCUCCCUGCGCUGGUUCAAGAACGGAAAGGUGUGCAGGAAGGACCAACGAAUCGGAGGCUUCAAGAUCAGAGACAACAUGUGGACUCUGAUAAUGGAGUCUGUGGUCCCGUCAGACAAAGGGAACUACACCUGUGUGGUGGAGAACGAAUACGGGAGCCUCGAGCACACCUUCCGGCUGGACGUCGUUGAGCGUUCACCUCACAGGCCAAUCCUGCAGGCCGGUCUGCCGGCCAACCAAACGGCAGUCGUUGGUCGCAACGUGGAGUUCGUGUGUCGAGUGUUCAGCGACCCGCAGCCUCACAUCCAGUGGCUCAAACACAUCUCUGUCAACGGCAGCCGAGAGGCUCCGGACGGACACCCGUACGUCCUGGUCCUCAAGACGGCGAGUCUGAACACAACAGAUAAAGAGAUGGAGGUUCUGAAUCUGAAGAACGUGAGUCUGGGGGAUUCGGGCGAGUACACCUGUCUGGCAGGAAACUCCAUCGGCGUCUCUCACCACUCGGCGUGGCUCACCGUGGUGGACGACCCGCCUCCCGCACCGCUGCCCUCUCAGACGUACCUGGAGAUCUUCAUCUAUUGCCUGGGCUUCUUCAUCAUCAUCACCCUCACGGCCACAGCCGUCAUCGGCCGACUCUGCUGCGCCCCGAAGAAGAGCGACUUCAGCAGCCAGUUAGCCGUCCAGAAGCUCGCCAAGAGCCUCCCACUGAGGAGACAGGUCUCGGUCGAGUCCUCGUCCUCCCUCCACUCAGGGAUGUGUUUGAUGCGUCAGUCUCGUCUCUCCAGCGGCGCCACCACCAUCCUGAUGGGCGUGUCGGAGUACGAACUCCCCUACGAUCCCGUCUGGGAGCUCCCUCGUGACAGGCUGACGCUGGGGAAGCCUCUGGGUGAAGGCUGUUUCGGUCAGGUGGUUCUGGCCGAAGCCGCCGGGGUCGACAGAAAUAAACCGACGCGCCUCUCGAAGGUGGCUGUGAAGAUGCUGAAAGCGGACGCCACGGAGAAGGACCUGUCCGACCUGAUCUCCGAGAUGGAGAUGAUGAAGAUGAUGGGCAAACACAAGAACAUCAUCAACCUGCUGGGAGCGUGCACUCAGGGCGGCCCCCUGUACGUGGUGGUGGAGUACGCCUCGCAGGGCAACCUGAGGGAGUUCCUCCGCACUCGCAGACCGGUCGGGUUGGAGUACUGGAGCGGGCCGAGGCAGGCGUCUCUGGGAAGUCUGGAGAUCAGGGAGCUGGUGUCGGCUGCGUACCAGGUGGCCCGAGGGAUGGCCUACCUCUCCUCCAAGAAGUGUAUCCACAGAGACCUGGCAGCCAGGAACGUGUUGGUCACAGAAGACGACGUGAUGAAGAUCGCCGACUUCGGUCUCGCCAGAGACGUCCACCACAUCGACUACUACAAGAAGACCACCAACGGUCGUCUGCCGGUGAAGUGGAUGGCACCAGAAGCUUUAUUUGACCGCGUCUACACGCAUCAAAGCGACGUGUGGUCGUUCGGAGUCCUGCUGUGGGAGAUCUUCACCCUGGGGGGGUCUCCGUACCCCGGGGUCCCCGUGGAGGAGCUCUUCAAGCUGCUGAAGGAGGGCCACCGCAUGGAGAAGCCCUCGGCCUGCACUCAGGAGCUCUACCUGAUGAUGAGAGACUGCUGGCACGCCGUCCCGUCUCGCAGACCCACGUUCUCGCAGCUCGUGGAGGACUUGGACCGCACGCUUUCUCUGAUGGCGAACCAGGAGUACCUGGACCUGGCCCUUCCUCUGGUCCAGUAUUCUACGGUCUCGGCUCAUUCCUGUUCCUCCACAUAGGCGUCCCGGGACCCUUUUUCCUCCUUUCUUUCUCCUUCCUGGAUCCCCUUCAUCCCGGAGGAGACUCUGACUAAGUCCAUCAGGCUGAUGUGAGGACCAGCUGGACCGAGCCGGACUCCCCUGGAAGGCCUCAGGAAGCAGCAGCAGCUCCUCCGUAAAGACUUGAGUUCCCCUGAGAGACUGAGAGCUGCUGCUGGGCAUCAGAGCUCUGGUUCUGUUCAUAAUAAUAAUAAUAAUAAUAAUAAUAAUAACCAUGUCCUCAGUGUGAAUAGUGUAAAUAAUAGUUUGUGUUAUGUGGGAGACCAACUAGAUUUAAAGGAGAAAUACGGAAAGAAAAGGAAAUAUAGGGAGAAUGAAUCAAACGCACAACAAAAUGUUCAAAUAAAUGUGUAAUAAAAUUAAUUUGUCCGCCAUCCGCCCCCCCAAAAAUCCCUCCGAAGACAAAUCAUUACUCGUUUAUAGAUUUAUCUCUUUGUGCUUUUGUAUUCAUUUAUUUAUUUUUGCACCAAUAUUUCAUGUGUUUCUCUGGGUUAAAGUCGCGUUGCCAAAGAUGAUGCACACUUUCAACAUUGCACUUAUCCUCCCGCUGAUUUACAGAAAAUGCUGCUUGUUGAAUGUGUAACAAUAACUGAUUAACAGUAUUAAAAAAAUAUUUUUUUGGGAAUUUU